UAUUAUUUAUGAAUAGUUUCUCGUUUAUGGAGCCGAAAGGUCUGUCUGAAAGCGUGAUACAUGGUUACGCAAGACUCGGUAUCUGACUAAGUAGGAAGUGCAGACUGCAGUGCUUAGCCGGCUAACAUGCGCUUUACUGGUUGCUAUUUAUGUGCACUGUACAAAUCAAGAUAUUACCAAUAUGGCUUUCUCACUGACUUCCAACAUGGACUUUCUGAAGAAAUUGCCAGCAUACAAACCUUUCCUGAAAACAGUGCUGAAAUCACAGAUACAGCUCCUGGUUAACCAGUUGUCUGAAUAUGGUGAUGAGGAGUCUGUUUUCCUAACAGCAAGUAUGACUGAUGGCACACUGUCACACAUUGGAUCAAAAUCAGGGCAAGAGUUUCUUGAAAGUAAUGAAGAAAUCAAGUCAAAGUUUCUGAGAUUUUGCAUUGGAGGUAAUUUAGGAGGUAUUGAUCCAGAUAGAAGUGAAAAUUCAAACACACAGUUACCAGGACCAGAGAGACAUAAAAAAGUGAACAAGAAACGAACAGACUUAACAAAAUUUAAAAUCCCUGAAGCAAGGAAAGAAAAAGAAAAUAUUCAGAUAGAAGUAACAGAGGGUUUCUCUUCAGACAUUAAUGUUGAUGCCGGUAUAAAUACAGCAGAUGUUGAUAAUCCCGAAACACUCAUUUUGAAAUGCGAAACAGAUGAGGAAUGUUUGGAUGAAGUAAACGAUGAGGCAAAUGACAAGAAAAAAGAAAUAGCUGAUCACAAAAAAGGUUCUAGUGAUACACAUGAUACUGGUGACACUACAGAUGAAGCUUCAAAGAGUGUUCAUACCUGUUCUGAAGACGCUCAUGAUGAUUUGCUUGUUGAUAAUAAUUUUGUUGUCAAAAUAGAAACUGACUGGGAGUCAGACAGUGUGGUAGAUACAAUAAACAUGGAGGAUAAAAAUAACACAAAACACAUAGCUGAUCUCAGUGUUAACCAAAAAGGAAACCAUUUAUUACGUCCCUCUACUAGCUCAGGAAAAAUUGCAGCUCAUCUACAGCCAGAGUUUCUUUGUUGUAAUGAUGACCUCAUUUGGGAGAAAAACAAUCUACCAAAGCAGAAACGUGUAGUUAAAGCAUCGUCACUUUGGACAAAAUAUACUGCAAUAAAAGCAGUGGAACAGUGUAAGAAAAGCAAAGUUAUGAUAGCGGAAGAGUUUGGUGUUCCAAAAAGUACAUUAUCAACUUGGUUGAAAAAUUCAGAAAAAAUUAAAGCGGAUGUAGAAGGAGAUAAAAUUCAUCCAGGUACUAAGAAACGAAGGUAUUCCAAGUUUUACGACAUCGAGGAAGCCUUAUUAGCGUGGUUAAAAAUAGUGCAUCUACAAGCCGUCAUUCCAAAAAUAACUAGUGUGAAUAUAUGUGAUAAAGCUAACCAGCUGGCACAACAGUUUGGUUACACGCCAGAGACUUUCCAGUGCUCCAAGGCGUGGGUAGAGAGAUUUAAAACAAGGCAUGGCUUCAAAAAGAAUUUUGUCAAGGGAGAUACCUGCAAUGGAGAUUAAUGUAGUGAGGUGAUUUUAAGGAAUAACUCAUAUGUUUGAAGAAGUUUUUGUAAACAGAACAUACAUGUAAAACAUGGAUACUAAAUGUCCAAGGAGUGGAAAUUUUGGCUAGAAUGCACUUUACUGGUACGCACUUCUUGCUAGGAUUGUAAAAGGUAGGAUGUGCUCGUUACAAUCAUUUAAAUAAAUUGUAUAACAAUAAUCUAUUCAUUAAAGAAAAAAGAAAAACGGGGGUGUGGGGGCAGUAGCCCCCAUACGAAUAAAUGAGGAGUGCUUAUUUAAUGUGCGUACCGGUAAAGUGCAGGUGUCCCCAGUAAAUUUAAUAGUGCCACCUUUUGUCUUAUUAUCUGUAAGUGGGCUUGUAUAGUUUGUCUUUAGUACCUCUUUGAAUGGACAAAUUUUGAAAGCUAUAUAGUGGUUUGAUUCCUUGUGGCAUAUAUAAAAAUGGGGGCAUAUAGAUGCAGCUUCAUGUCUUCAGAUUGGUUCGAGGUGAAAAUCUGUUGUUGUUUUUUUUUUAAAUUUCCUUAUCUCUGAUUUACUAACUAUUGUAUAUAGGAAAUAUCUUUUACAAGUUGUCUUUUUCUAGAUUCAGUAUUUAAAUUAUAUACACUUAACUUUUGUAAUGCAACACUUGGAUUUUUUUAAUCUCAGCAAAAUAUUGACCAAUUUCAAUGAAAAUUGGACUGACUGGCAACUGUUACAGUACUGAUAUUUAAUAAAAUUGAGAAAUUUAUUGUUAUUGCUACACAACUUUGUAUACUGUGCUUCCAGAUGUGAUUUUAAUUUUACAUGAAUUAUUUUUUAAUUUUUCAUAUUUGCAUAUUAACACUAGAAUAAAAUAAUUUUAUUACAAAA